AUGGACAAUGGCCAACAGGAAUCACAAUAUCAAGCACUGGACGAAUGUUUUCCAAUUAUCCCGGAGUCUAGAAGAAAGCACGCUUUCUUCUAUCCUUCUUCUAUCCUUUUGGUUGCAGUUCGUCCUGCAGCAACAACCCUUGAAACGAACUCUACCAACCUAAUUAUAGGCCUCGAUCCCGCCAACGCAUAUAACACUUCGAACGAUGUGUAUACCGUCGGGGAGCUCACCUCACUGCGAGGCGAGACAGCCUACCCAAGCCUAGAGAUGAACCACCCCCCAGGAGGGGCAAUCAACUACAGCACAUCGCCCCCGACGGGAGCAAACUACCAGAACUACCUCAUCGGCGUCCAGUCCGUCGUGAUCGACGCGCUCGACCGCCUCUGGAUCCUCGACACCGGGCGCGUGCUAACCGCCUCCGGCGUCCUCGUGCCCGCCACGUACGGGGGGCCGAAACUCGUCGGCGUCAACCUCGCCACCAACACCGUCUUCCAGACGAUCGUGUUCCCGCCCACCGUCGCGUACGGCGACAGCUACCUCAACGACGUGCGGCUGGACCUGCGCAGCGGGCUCAGCGACACCUCGGGCCGGGGCGGCGUGGCGUACAUCACGGACAGCAGCGCGUCCGGGCACAGCGGGCUGAUCGUCGCGGACCUGGGCACGGGCGAGAGCUGGCGGCAUUUAGGCCUGACGCGCGCGGUUGGGGCCGAGUCGCAGUUCCUCCCGUUCGUCUGGGGCCAGGCGGGUUACUACGCGGAUAAUGCGGGGACGCCGUACACGGGGUUCCCGAUCGGCUCCGACGGCAUCGCGCUGUCGGCUGACGGCGACACGCUGUACUGGUGCCCGCUCGCGUCGCGGUACAUGUACAGCGUGCCGACGGCGAGGCUGCGGGCGAGGGGGGCGGCGAGCGAGUUGUUGGCGCAACAGGCGGUGGUGAGUCACGGGCAAAAGGGGGUGAGCGAUGGGUUGGAGACGGAUAGCAAUGGGAUGGUUUAUGUUGGGAGCAUGGAGGGGAAUGCGAUUAAUGUGUUUAACCCUGGGAACGGGACUACGUUGACGUUUGUGAGGGAUCCGAGGAUCAAUUGGGUUGAUACGAUGUCGGUUGCAAAUGAUGGAUAUCUCUAUUUUACGGUCAAUCAACUCAAUUUUGCGUCAUCUACGUUUCCCGGCACUGAUAGGAGAGUACGCCCUUUUGCACUCUUUAGAGUGAAGCUUCCUAAUGGAGGGAGUAAAGUGUCGUUGGUAUAA